AUUCGCAACAAAUGCAUCGAACACAUUUAAGCAUCUUUCUGGCUGCACUGUUUCUGGCCUGUGACUGUGCCGGAGUGCGAGGAAAUCAUCUGAAACGCUUCAGCCGAUCGCUCCUGUUUCCGCCCACCAGUCCGACGCGUGUGCAGUUCAUUGGCGGCAUUGGCAUACCCGUGGAGGGGCUCCACUUCGAGUCCGUGACCUCUGGAUAUGUCCUGAAGGCCGAGUAUUUCCUGCCCACCAAUGCCACAGAGAUCACGCGGGUGUACCUCAAGCCUCAGGCCAUAACGGGCAGAGAGGAGGAUGAAACGAACUACGGCGCACUCUACCGCUGGAUCAUGUAUCGCGGCAUCGAGAUGGUCAUAGCGAACGCGGGCCUUCCGGGGCGUAACUGCCUCCUGCGCUUAAUCUGCGAGCACGCAGCCCUGCCGCUGAACCACGAGAGUGGCUUACUCGGGGAAGUGCUGAACAUCAUCCUCACUCCUUCAAGCUCCAGGGACAAGCUGGCGGCCCACGGCUCAAACCGCGACUAUCAUGCAUCGGAGCGUUUCGGCCGGCGAGGAGGCGACUGCGAGGCGUUAUAUGCGAGCAAGUGUAAAAAUACACCCAUGGAUCUCAUCAGCAUGUUGCUGCAAGUCAAUUAAUAAAUGGAUAUACUCACGCACGUAA